AUGUUAGCCUCUCGGCAGGUUUUCACUGAUAACUGCAACAAGGGGAUGGCUGAGGAAGUCAUCAAAGCUAACACGCAUAACGUCAUGCAGUUCGACCGAGAGAGAUUUUAUUUCAUGGCCCAAGAGAAGAUUAAUCAUAACGACGGUCGACCAACCGGAACGUUCAGCGUUGAUCUGAGGAAACAACACUGUGACUGUGGGAAAUUUCAGGCAUUUCACUUACCUUGCUCCCAUGUAAUCGCAGCAUGUUCGAGCAUACGCCAGGACUAUUCCAUUCACAUUCCAGACGUCUUCAAAAUUCUUAACGUCUUCAAGGUCUAUCAAGAGAGUUUCCUAGGACUUCUCCAUGAGGAGAAUUGGCCACAAUAUGAAGGAUUUGCUCUUUGCCACGACGACUCUAUGAGAAGGAGGAAGAAAGGGCGCCCAAACAGCACCAGGAUUAGAACCGAGAUGGAUGACGUUGAGAAGGAGAAGAGAAGGUGUGGAAUUUGUCGUGAAAUAGGACACAUGCGUAGGAAAUGUCCUAAUGUUGCAGGACCAUCCCAACGACCUUCCAGAUGA